AUGGCGGUCUAUGCCUGUCAAAGAUUGCUGGGACGUACCGCUGUGGAUCAGAAAAUGGUGGUCUAUGCCAGUCAAAGACUGCUGAAGCCUUCAGUCAUGGACGAGAAAACUCUUGAGAUCCAGGUGCUCUUCUUGAACGGUGAAGGCUUUACCGUGUCCUGUCGCGCUUCGGCGCUGGGCCGCGAGCUCUUUCGCCUGGUCUGCGAGAAGGUGCCGCCCAAGGCCGGUGCCGGGCUCGUGCUGACGCACAAGGAGUCAAGGCUCGUGAUGGGACGCACCUUACUACAACAAGGAAUUGGUCUCGAUGAGAAUCCCACUCUUUCCUGUACUUUCAGGUCUACUGACGUCAUGACAGCCUGGAGGGUAUUCCAUGGAACGUACCCGCAGUCACAGUUGCAGGAAGAGUCUCCCCUCGAUGGGCUCACGGAACUGGAGGGAGCUUCGUUGCGUCAGCACUUCGAAUGCUUUCCUCGCAGCUUGCGAAGCUUGACGAUUGGUCCCAUGUUCAACGAGACUUUGGUUGGUGUGAGAUUCCCGAGCCAACUGCGGCAUCUCACUCUGCUACACGUCUUUGAUCAGAGAUUGGACCACGUGCAUCUGCCAAGGAGCCUGGAAAGCCUGACAUUUGGUGACAAAUACAAUCAGAGCUUGGACAGGGUGAAUUUACCCUCGAAUCUUCAACAUGUGACCUUUGGUGACGACUUCAACCAGAAUCUCAACAAGGUGUCGUUUCCGGCUGGCCUUCAAAGUUUAACCUUUGGUGCAAGCUUCAACCAGGCACUGGACACGUCCAAACUCCCCAGGGGGAUGAAAAGCUUGUCCUUUGGCACAGACUUUAACCAACGUUUGGAUUGCACAAAGCUUCCCACUGAUCUCGAAACUUUGAUCUUCGGCCCAAACUUCAACCAGCCAAUGGAUGGUUUCAGUUCCUCUCAGCUUCGCACCUUGACCUUCGGCCCAAGCUUCAACCAGCCAUUGUCGGGGGAAUUGCCAGAGCUGCGAAGCUUGAGAUUUGGACACGACUGGAACCAUCCGUUGGAUUUUCUCAGCUUUCCAAAGCUGGAAGAGUUGCUGAUCGGCCGUGCCUUCAAGCAUAGCUUGAUGGAUUUGGAGCAGCUCUCAUGUCUCCAGACCUUGACGUUGAAUUUCGAUGCCAGGUUUUUGGAUUUCACCUUGCCCGAGCAACUGGAGACCUUGAAUUUCGGGGACUGCUACGACCAAAAUCUCAGCCGUCUCAUCAUGCCCAGCGGCGUGAAGUCCCUGACGCUGCCCUUCACGCGAUUCUUUCACAUGCAGUUGGAGGAGUUGGAACUUCCAGGUGGUCUUCAAAGCUUGUCAUUUUGUGAUAACUUCAAUCAGAGCGUGGAAGGGAUCGAGUUGCCAGCAGGGCUUCAAAGCCUGAAAUUUGGUGGAUGUUUCAACCAGAAGAUCGACAAGGUGAAGUUACCGGAGGGUCUUCAGAAUUUGGUCUUCGGAAUGAGGUUCAAACAAAGCUUGGAGGGCGUCACCUUGCCCCGCAGCAUUAAAACCUUGACCCUGCCGGAUUCCUGGAAUCAGCGGCUGCAAAAUGUGGUCCUGCCAGAAUGUCUUGAAACCUUGACGUUUGGGCAUGAGUUCAACCAGGGCUUGCAGAAGGUGAAGUUUCCGGAGAGCCUUCGCAGCAUGACCUUUGGCUUUUGGUACAAUCAAAGCCUGGAAGGCGUGCUGUUUCCAAGUAAGCUCGAGGUGCUGAGCUUUGGGAAUCGAUUCAACCACAGUCUGGAAGGAAUCAGCUUGCCAAGCACUCUACAAAGUUUAAGGCUGGGGAGUGAUUUCUGUCAAAGUCUCAAGAGGGUGAAGCUUCCCAGCAACCUUCAACGUCUUACGCUUGGUGGAAUGCCCAUCCCGGUGGACUAUGAGCUGCCGAAAAGUCUUCAGGGCUGCGGUCGAGGUCGUGGCAGCCCGCAGGCGUACCUCGCUCACCGCCCUGAACUCAAACGCGAGCAGAUGGCAGGACGUUCCUUUGAGGAGGCGGCGGCGAUUCUGCAGACAGACCUCUUCGAAAAGCAGGCAGUGCAUGCAUCGACACAAGAUAAGCUCAAAAGGCUGAAACAGGCCAACAAGGACCUGCUUCGUGGACUGCAUGAUGCAGAGCAGCGCAUUGCUCAGCUAGAGGUGGAAUUGGGCCGGCAAUCCUCGCCCUUUCAGGCCGCGGCCUCCAAGACCCGCAGUGCCGACGGCCGCGCCGGCGGUCGCGCUGAGCAUGCUGAAGUGCCACACCCGCCAGGCACCGAGCCGGAGGAUCCGGUGAAAUCGACGAAAUCGUCGCUUUCAGCACCAAGAGGACUGCUGGUGGCAGGCGUGGUCUUGGGGAUACUGCUCAUGGCCUUGAUCCAGCCACUGCUUUCGUUCUGGCGCUUGGAAGCUCACACUCACGCGAAGAACCAUGAGGGGCCCAUCCCUGACAGAUGGAAAGCCGAGGCAAUACCCCCAGUGCAUCUUCCGUGGAUCGAAGAAAAUCCUGCACUCACUGCACAGCUAAAAACCUUAGAGGAGGGCAAUGAUGAGGAGAAGCAGAAAGUGGCAUUUAUGUUGAGACUUUUCGCAGCCGAGCAUUCUGACAACCAGGCUGCGGUCGUUCGCUCGGGGGCCUUGCCACACUUCGUGCGACUUCUUGGGCACGAGACGCCCAGCCUAAGGGAGGAGGCCGCACGCGUCUUGUGGAACCUGGCCAGGAACAGCAAGGAGAUCAAUGCGCAGAAUCAGGUGGCCAUCGGCCAAGCUGGAGCCAUUCACCCCUUGAUUCGGCUGCUGGAAGACAACGAGCAGAGGAUCCGAGUGGUGGCUGCAGCUGUGUUGAACGACUUGGCUUCAGACAAUCCGGACAACCAGGUGGCGAUUACCCAAGGAGGUGCCAUCGAUCCAUUGGUCCGCAUCUUGAAACGCGAUGAGGCACCCGCCCUAGUCAUGGCCGCCAGCCUUUUGAAGAGCUUGGCGGCAGGUGCUGCAGCGGAGCAGGACUCAGCGCCCUCCGCGUUGCUGGGCGCUGUCCCUCCCUUGGUGGCGCUGCUGCGUGGCAAGACGCUGCUGGCGCAAGAGCAGGCGGCCUCAACCCUGGGCGCCUUAGCAGCUCAUUCCCCGCCCAUUCAGGCAGCUAUCGUGCGUGCCGGGGCGGUUUCGCCCCUAGUGGAACGACUGCAUGGCGACAUGAUGAAGGGCACUGCCAUCGUGGCGUUGCGCAACCUGGCCACGUCGCAUGCGGAGAACCAACAGGCCAUUGCUGAGGCCGGAGCCAUCCUGCCCCUGGUGAAGCUUUUGGAAGAUGCCAUGCCCAUGGUACGUGAAGAAGCUGCUGAAGCCUUGUGGACUCUGGCACAGGACAACCUGGAGAAUCAACUGGCCAUCAUUCGCGCUGGUGGUUCAGCGUCCAUGGUGGCACUCCUCAAGGGAGAUUCACAGGAGCAGGCCACCUUGGCACUGCUUGGUGUGGCCGAAGCAGUGAGGAAUGGCGCCUGA